GUGUUUUUGCAUUUUAUCAUCAAGCGAUAUUUGAAAACUUGAUUGUUAGCAAAAUGAUUUCAAUAUUAGAAAAUUGGAUGCCGAUGUUAUUAAAUGUUUUUGUCAUGGCUGGUAUUGCUUACGGUGAAUUGAAAAUUCCAAAUAGAACCGACGCGGCGUUUUCAAAUUUGGUACUCACAGAAACUUCACAACCAGGCAACGCAAAUGUUAUAAAUAUUGAAAAUAAUACUGAAAAUGGUGGAGCUUUUACUCAUUCUACAGAAUCUAUUGAAACUACCUCGAUCAUCACUUCUCAUAGUAGAACAUCAUUUCAUCAAAGAAAUGAAUCUACGGGUUCAGAUACUCCAUUAAUUUGUAAUCCAUCACUUUCAAGUAUAAAUGGAUCACCAUCUGAAUCGAAUAGUCAAAUUGUGGGUCAAAGGACUUCAUCAUUAAAACAUCCGUUAUCGAUAAAAUGGCCAACUCUCAUUUCACCAAUACAUCUGCCAUCAAGACAAUCAGUACAGUAUGGAAAGAGAAAUAGUUUUAAAGAUAUAAAUAGGGAUUCUUUGGUCGGUGCAAAUUCAGGGACGAAUAAUACGUCGUAUAUAAAUAUAGACUUUUCACCUGUUCAACAAAUUAGUUUAAGAUUUCCUGGUGCAAGUGAAGAAAUUAUAAGCAUGAGUGAAAAAAUU